UUCCUCUUCCUAUAAAAUCCGUCGAGUUCACGCUGCGCUCGACGUUCACAAGCACCAUCUCUGCGCGAUACUGAAGUAAAAACGUCCGAUUAUUUAAUUUUUAAUUUAUAAUUUCAGAGUACAAUAUGCCUGGAUAUUCAGACAGAGACCGCGGUCGUGACAGAGGUUACAGCAGUGGUCCCCCACGCUUUGGAGGCAGCAGAGGUGGACCUCCUCAGGGCAAGAAGUUUGGGAAUCCCGGUGAGCGUCUGCGGAAAAAACACUGGAACCUAGAUGAGCUCCCCAAGUUUGAGAAGAACUUCUACCAGGAGCAUCCUGAAGUUGCUCGGAGGUCACCUCAAGAUGUUGAACACUACAGGAGAAGCAAGGAGAUCACAGUGAAGGGUAGAGACUGUCCCAAACCCAUUGUGAAGUUCCAUGAAGCGAACUUUCCAAAUUACGUGAUGGAUGUGAUCAGUAAACAGAACUGGACUGAUCCAACUCCCAUCCAAGCUCAGGGGUGGCCAGUUGCACUCUGGAAAAACGCUCGCGGUAUGAUGCUUUUCAACCAUCCUAGUGUAAACUGUCUGGCUUAUCUGCUUCCUGCUGUUGUUCACAUAAACCACCAACCAUUCCUGGAGCGUGGAGACGGUCCCAUUUGCUUGGUGUUGGCUCCCACCCGUGAAUUGGCGCAGCAGGUCCAGCAGGUGGCGGCAGAGUACGGCAAAGCUUCUCGUCUCAAGUCCACCUGCAUCUAUGGAGGUGCUCCCAAAGGACCACAGAUCCGGGACCUGGAAAGGGGUGUCGAGAUUUGCAUCGCCACACCCGGAAGACUUAUCGAUUUCCUUGAAGCUGGAAAGACAAAUCUGGGCAGAUGCACAUAUCUUGUGCUUGACGAAGCUGACAGGAUGCUUGACAUGGGGUUUGAACCUCAGAUUCGAAAAAUCUUGGACCAAAUUAGAGUAUGCAUUGUUUUCGUUGAGUUAAACAAUUCAAAUGUGCUGUUUCUUUACAGAUGUUGCCUCCAGAGGACUAGCCCCUCUCACCUGAAGGUGGAGUCUUGGAGGCAGGACCUUGGCAUGACGCGUCCAGGUUCAGCAGAAGGGGUUUUUUUUUUUUUUAAACCAUCCUUUCCUCAGCAUGGUAAGUCGAUGACCUAUCGUUCAUUGUUUCCCUUGCUAACGCCUCCUAUCCUCGCUGCUAUGGCGGUGUGCACCCGCACUCCUCUACUCCUGCCAUGGCGCGUCCGUUUUCUCUUAACAGAUGUGGAGGACGUCAAAUUUGUCAUUAACUAUGACUACCCCAACAAUUCCGAGGACUACAUUCACCGCAUUGGCCGUACGGCUCGCAGUCAGAAAACCGGCACUGCCUACACUUUCUUUACGCCCAACAACAUGAAACAGGCUCACGACCUCGUCUCGGUCCUCCGCGAGGCCAACCAAGCCAUAAACCCCAAGCUCAUCCAAAUGGCCGAAGACAGAGGAGGUCGUUCAAGGGGAGGUCGAGGUGGAGGGUAUAGGGAUGACCGUCGGGAUCGCCACUCUGGCGGCAGGCGGGACUUCAACAGCUACGGCCAGGACAACCACAACGGUGACUCUUAUGGGCAGAAGAAGGUGUUUGGAAACAAAACUCAAAACGGAUCUAGCGGUUACAAUAGUGGCAGCAGUAGUAGCUUUAGCGGGGGUUACAGCAAUAACGGACAGGGUAACUUCGGUAAUCAGUCUGGUGGGUACGGAAACCAAGGUUAUCAGAACCAGCAGUUUGCUCCCAACCAAGGGGCUGUCCAGAACGGCAUGAACCACCCUCCACCGUUCCCCUUCAACCCCCAACAGAUGCCACAGUCCAUGCCGUUCCCCAUGGCCCCACCUGCGUUCCCUCAGUAAACCCGGUUUCAUUUGCUAAUCUAAAUCUUUAACUGUUCCGUUAUUGUAACUUUAUUUCUUCAGAGCAGGUUGUAAAAUGUACAUGCCGUCACAAGCGUCCCAGAGUCUGCUGUGCAGGAUUUUUUUUCCUCCCUCCCUCCCUUUUUACGUUAGAUGUAUCUUUUUUUCUUUUUUUUUUAGUAACUUAAAGUUAUUUUGUACUAUAGAGUAAUAAGGAUCAACACUUGUAAAAAUGUCGCGGGCCAUUCAUGGCCAUUGCAUGGUCCUCAAAUAAAAUAUUAAAAGUG